GCGACACUUUUACACAUCCGAGACAGGAAGUGGUAGUUUGCGUGUCCUAUAGAUAGUGACUGAUUAGACCCAAGGCUUAGUAUCGCAUAUACACUCAGCCUGGACUUUGCCUCUGUGGGAAUGUGGAGGCCAGCCUUCCCUCGGCCACACCUGGAAUCAAAGCCCGUCUUUCCUGAUACUGUCACCCAGACAUAAACGUAUCAAGAGCGUCAAGAGACCUUGAGGGAACCUGGAGAGGUGAGGUCCUAGGGGAACCCAGAGACUGAGAGGUGGAGGUGUCAGAGGCAAGGAACCCAGGGAAACAGACAGACAUCAGUUGAUCAGAGGUGAGGAAGAUACGGAAAACUGCCCGGAGCAAAGGCUGGUCGUCUCAACCAGUUUUCCAGCGAAUGAGGCCACAGCAGAUACCUCCAAUCCCAUAUAUCUGAGGACUGCUUUGUGACCUGCGAGACCCAGCCUCUCCGCUUCUCCAGAGCCCAGCAUGUGGAGCUACCUGUCCUUCCUGCCCGUCUUCCUAGCUCUGUGGGCUAUCGCUGGCAUCUGGAUCGUCUUUGCAAUCGCCGUGGUUAACAGGAGCGUGGACCUCCAGAAGGACUUCCCCUUUAUCAGUAACUGUGGGUCUUAUGCUCCCCAGAGCUGUAUUUUCGGCCAAAUCCUCAAUACGGGAGCUGCUCUAGCUGUUUGGAUCUGCAUUGUGCGGUAUCAUCAACUCCGGGAUUGGGGCGUCAAAACGUGGCACAACCAGUUGGUUCUGUGGUCGGGACUCCUCUGUGCCCUGGGAACUUCCAUAGUAGGCAAUUUCCAGGAGAAGAACCAGAAGCCGGCACACUUGGCAGGGGCCUUUCUGGCCUUCAUCCUGGGCAACCUGUACUUCUGGCUACAGUUCCUUCUGUCCUGGCUGGUGAAGGGCCUGCCCCAACCGGGGCCCCGCUGGCUUAGGCCUGUCCGCCUGAGUUUCUGCAUCUUCUCCACCAUCCUCAUCGUGGCCAUGAUCGUCCUGUACUCCCAGCGGAUGCGCUCCGCCUCUGCUGCCUGCGAGUGGGCAGUGGCCAUGCUGCUCUUUAUGCUGUUUGGCCUCUUGGCCGUGGACUUCUCCAGCUUGCGCGGUUGCGUCCUCCACUUACAACCCAAACUGGACGCCAGCCACCCACAGGCUACCUCUGGGUCUCCGAACCUACAGAUGUCACAGGCGCUCUGACUAGGAGGAGGAUGGGGUCAACCUAGGCUCACCCAACGAUGAACUAGAGGCUGGGCUGGACAGCCCGAUGGACGAACGGCGGAGUGGAGUGAUGCUCGCCACUCGAGAGGGCCAGCAUCGUGGUCCCCACCGGUCCCUGUGAUCGGAAGCGCCCGGGAACUGAGAGGAGAGGGCCAGCCAGCUGUCCCUGAUCAAGGCUAUUUAUUAGUUUUGUUGUUGCCGCCGCUGCCGGCGGAAUCAGACACAGACGCAGGCAGGGUCACGCGUAACCAGAAUUCCUUCCGGGGAGAGCAAAUCCGUACAGAAGGUUGGAACGGGAAGGGAGAAGGACCUGGUGGGGGUGGGAGAGCAGGGGCCCAGGAAGGGGAGUGGGGGCUGGGGAUGACACAGAGACAGAGGACCCUGUCCGGAUCUGCUAAGCCACCCCCAACCAGCUCCCAUGCCUCCCCCACCCCACCCGCAAAGAUUGAUCAAUAAAUAAAAUAAUAAAUUAAUAAAUAAA